AAAAUUUAUUCAAAUCGUACAACUAACUGUACGAAUUAAGGCGUGUGUGUAUUUGACUUUAUGAGAUAAAAUGGCCUUCACUGUUACAAGUCCAAACGUUGUUUAUACCGAGAAAUACAUCGAGAGUUUGUAUCAUUACGAAACCUCCGAGGUGAAACAACAUGGCGGGAAGAUAGAAGUGAUCCCAAAGAAGACGGUUUAUACAUUUAAAACCGAGCGAAAAGUGCCGAAACUCGGCUGCAUGCUCGUUGGCUGGGGUGGCAACAACGGCACCACGCUAACAGCUUCGGUGUUGGCGAAUAAACUCUGUUUAUCAUGGAAUACAAAGUCUGGUGUAAUGAAACCGAACUACACCGGUUCGGUGACACAAGCAUCGACCGUAAGCUUGGGCACUGGUCAAGAUGGCGAGGUUUUUGUCCCUCUAAAAGCUUUACUACCGAUGGUCGAGCCAAACGAUAUCGUUUUCGACGGUUGGGAUAUUAACUCGAUGAAUAUUGCCGAUGCAAUGCGACGUGCCGAGGUGUUGGACUUCGACCUGCAACGCCAACUUCGUCCCUACCUCGAGUCGUUAAAACCGCGACCUUCGAUCUAUUGCCCCGAUUUUAUAGCCGCUAAUCAGGCCGAUCGCGCCGACAAUGUUCUCAAAGGCACUAAAAAGCAAAUGGUCGAGCAAAUCCGUGCGGAUAUUCGCGACUUCAAAGCCAAGAAUCAACUAGAUAAGGUCGUCGUACUUUGGACAGCGAACACCGAACGAUUUUGUGAAAUUCAAGCUGGCCUCAACGACACCUGUGAGCAUCUGUUGGCAUCGAUUGCUCGCAACGAAGACGAAGUUUCGCCAUCGACUUUGUUCGCGGUUGCAAGCAUUUUAGAGCGCUGUUCGUAUAUAAAUGGCUCUCCCCAAAACACGUUCGUACCAGGCGUGGUUGCACUGGCUGAGAAAUACCAUACAUUCCUGGCUGGCGAUGACUUUAAAUCGGGUCAGACCAAAAUCAAAUCGGUUUUGGUUGAUUUUCUGGUCAGUGCUGGGAUCAAACCGGUAUCGAUCGUGAGUUACAACCACUUGGGCAACAACGAUGGCAAAAAUCUCUCCUCGGCUAAGCAGUUUCGCUCUAAGGAAAUCUCGAAGAGCAACGUGGUUGAUGAUAUGGUGGAAUCGAACCCGAUUCUGUACAAGAAAGGUGAAAAACCUGAUCACUGUGUGGUUAUCAAGUAUGUGCCCUAUGUCAAGGAUAGUAAACGAGCAAUGGAUGAGUAUACCUCCGAGAUAUUUAUGAAUGGUACGAAUACGCUUGUUAUUCACAAUACAUGUGAGGAUUCGUUACUGGCCGCACCAAUUAUUCUCGAUUUGAUUAUACUCUGUGAGGUGUGCGAGAGGAUAAAGUUCCAAGCUGGUGGUGACACCAAAUUCCAAAGUUUUAAUAGCAUCCUAUCUAUCCUAAGCUAUCUACUUAAAGCCCCAAUAGUACCCAACGGUACACCUGUUGUUAAUGCCUUAUUCCGUCAGCGUGCUUGCAUCGAGAACAUUUUCCGGGCUUGUGUUGGACUUGGUCCUCAGAAUAACAUGUUACUAGAACACAAGCAUUCACAUGCAGCCAAUCCGAAGCCCAUGGAAAACUGCAAUGGUGUUUACAUAAAUGGACUAAAAUCUGAUAUUAACUCGGACAUACCCCAUAUUCCUGCACUGAAUCUAUUAUGCAAUUAACAAUUAACUUAAUUCUUUCAUAUUUAGGUUUAUUAUAUAUUUGUUAAAAGGUAUACCUGCAUUAGAAUGCUAUUUGAUUGUUAGCUAUUUAUUGCUUUAAGAGAUAGCAUGCAAAUCUUCUGUCGAACUGGUGAGCUGUUUAUUAUCAAUGUUCAAUGAAUGAUGUUGACUUUCAAUCAGUGACAUUGGUAUAUGUUAUGUAUGCUUGAAAAAGGAUAGUUUAUUUAAGUCGUACAAUUAAUUAUAUAGUUGUUAUAGUGUUUUAAAUGUACUAACAUUAUAAGUUUCAUCAGUUUAAUUAUGUGAUUUGUGCCUUUGGUUAAUUGC